GUCAAAAAAUUUCAGUUUUAAAUCGAUCGUUACUUUCAGUUGUGCGCGCACAUUCAAGCAAAUCGGUUGGUUGAUAAAACAACACCACAAACUACACACACACACUGUGUGAAGCAGUAGAAGACACAACAGCAAUUGCUUAACUGAUAGUCCAUAAAUUAUAAAAUAAUAAUAGUGAUAAUAGUAAAAGAUAAAAUGUGAAAAACAUAUAUAUAAAUAAAAUAAAAAAGGCAACACAAUUUGGCAACAGCAAAGUAAACAACAAUCACAUUUAUCUAUCAACAAUACGAGAGUUCUACACUUGACUUGAAAAUGCAAAAUCUGCUGAUCAUCUCGAUCAUCAUCAUCAUCAAUGGCAGCAUCAGCGGAGGCAGCAACAUUUCGAGCUGCCACUUGGAGGCACACAGUUGCCUCAUCGAUGUGUUGGCGGCGCCACAAGUGGGGCAAGCACAUCAUGUGCCCGCCGAUGUGGAUAUAACAUUGUUGUGUGAGGCAAAGACGGCCAUCUGGUACUAUGAGGAUCAGGUCAUGCAUAGCGGCAGCACUUGGUUGCUGGAGCGGGCACAGGCUCAACAAUCGGGCCAAUAUGCCUGCCAUUAUGACCAGGUCAAGUGGGCCAAUCUCACACUGCAAAUUGGCAACAGCAAAGAGAUCGGUAGUGACUUGGCCAGUUUUGAGACAGACGAAUUGUACUUGCAGCCAUUGAAUAUAAGUUUAUUGCCACGAUUGUCGCAACCCUUGGAGCCAUUAGUGCAACGCAGUUCGGGUGGCAUGUUCCAGCUGAGCUGCAGUCCAGCAUCGACUCCCCCUUGGCUCAACAUUAGUUGGUAUCACAAUAAUAGUCAAUUGCUGGACGGCAGUCGCAUUCGACUCAAGAAGUUGAUGUUGACCGUGUGGCAGCUGCAACCGGAAGACGCUGGCGAUUAUCGCUGUCGUCUGUGCAACAGCCAUGGUUGCACUAACAGCAACAGCAGUCGCCUGAAGGUCAUCACACGUCAACAUACGGCACCGGUUCUCGUCCCAGGCUAUCCACACAAUGUGAGUGUUGCGCUGGAGGAGCAUGCGAGAUUCAAUUGCACGCUGGAGGAUUCGCAGCUGCAGCCGCAGAUUACAUGGUUUCGACAACUGCAACCAGGUGAUAUCAAUGUGUUGUUGCAACGACUGCAGAAGCAAUCCACCCUACAGGAUGAUAACGAGGUGCAAACGAUGAUCACCAGUAAGGAUGAGCCUCAGGUGCUGAGUCUGGGCAGCGUGGAGCACGAAGAUGCUGGUUGGUACAUCUGUGUGGCUGAGAAUCAGGUGGGACGCACUGUGGCAGCCGCAUACCUGCAUGUGCUUGCCGCACUAUCUGCAACCACAGUGGCAACAACAACGACAACAACUACGACGAUUACAACAACUACUGUCAGUCCGGCAGCGAACAACGAUGAUGACAACGACGAUGACAAUGGGAAUAAGACCGUUGAGCAUGCACCCGAAUUUAAAAAGGCAUUGCUGCGCUUGCAACAUUACGUGUCCGGCAGGACAGUCACACUCGCAUGUCCUGCCACCGCUCAUCCCCCGGCGAACAUCACCUGGACAUUCAACAAGGAUAACACGAGCUAUCGACCGCUGGAGCGUCCGAUUGGUGUCUAUAAAUACCGUAAAUGGUCUGUGAUCAUUGAGGAUGCUAUCCCAACGGAUUCAGCUUUGUACAUGUGCAAAGUGUGCAACACUCGCGGUUGCAUCCACUUUGAAUUCAGUGUUGUCAUCAAUGAUCGCAUCCGGGCAGCGCCAAUUAUUCGGAUAUCAGAUAACAGAACGGCGCUGGUCAACACAAAGGUGAAGCUCAAUUGCGAGACUGUGACGCACCUUGGAACGCUGAUCAGCUGGAUACGUGUGGUCCCAUCGAAUCGAUCGACCAACCAAGUCCAAGAUGUGGUUCGUAUCCCAUUGAGCACGGCGCAGGAAAACGGAUCGCUGGUGCUCAACAAUGUGACGCACAACGAUGAGGGCUGGUACACCUGCACGGCAGCCAGUUCCCUGGGCACAAGUAAUGCCAGUCUCUAUCUCCAUGUGGUCGAUCAUUUGCCCUUUUUGCAUAUCGGAGAAUUGCUGCGUUCCCAUCCGAUAGGAUCCACAGUCACCGUGGUAAUAAUACUGAUGCUCUUUCUGCUUGUAAGCUCCUUCAUUGUGUACAUCUUGCGACGAUUGCGACGGGAGAAGCUGCUAAAGCAUCGCAUUGAGACAGUGCAUCAAUGGACCAAGAAGGUGAUCAUCUAUAAGCCCGACAGUCUUGAGGGUAGCUCCUGUGCUGGAGGAGAUCUGCAGAUACCCGUGAUAAAGAUUGAGAAACAGCGUACAACAUUCUCCAAUACGACAACGGGCGGCUCAUCAGAUCCCGCCCAGGCGUUCAAUGAAUACGAGUUCCCCUUGGACUCGAAUUGGGAGAUACCCAGGCAACAGCUAUCGUUGGGUUCCAUUCUGGGCGAGGGCGCCUUUGGGCGUGUUGUCAUGGCCGAAGCCGAUGGAUUACCCCGGAGUCCGCCACCCGCUGGCAGCACCAUGGCCACCAUUGUGGCCGUCAAGAUGGUGAAGGAGGAGCACACGGAUGCCGAUAUGGCCAGUCUGGUGCGGGAAAUGGAGGUCAUGAAAAUGAUUGGCAAGCACAUCAAUAUCAUCAAUCUGUUGGGCUGCUGCAGCCAGAACGGUCCCCUGUGGGUCAUCGUCGAGUAUGCACCUCAUGGCAAUCUCAAGGACUUUCUCAAGCAAAACCGACCAGGAACUCUACAAAGACGCAGCGACAGCGAUGGUUAUUUGGAUGAUAGAUCCAUGGUGCGACAUCAGCAACUGGGCGAGAAGGAUCUCAUCAUGUUUGCCUUCCAAAUAGCUCGCGGCAUGGAAUAUCUCGCCUCGCGACGGUGCAUUCAUCGUGAUUUGGCAGCGCGAAAUGUGCUUGUUAGCGAUGGUUAUGUGAUGAAAAUUGCGGACUUUGGAUUGGCGAGAGAUAUACAGGAUACGGAGUAUUAUCGCAAGAAUACGAAUGGAAGAUUGCCGAUUAAAUGGAUGGCACCUGAAUCGCUGCAGGAGAAGUUCUAUGAUUCGCAGAGCGAUGUCUGGAGCUAUGGUGUCCUAUUGUGGGAGAUAAUGACAUAUGGCGAACAGCCUUAUCCCAAUAUAAUGUCGGCGGAGGAGCUGUACAGCUAUUUGAUUACCGGUCAGCGUAUGGAGAAACCGGCGAGCUGUACGAUCAACAUAUAUUUGGUGAUGCGACAAUGCUGGAACUUUGAAUCAUCCGCGAGGCCGACAUUCGCCGAGCUGGUGGAGAGCUUUGAUGGCAUAUUGCAACAGUAUAGCAGUAAUCCAAAUGAUGCUUAUUUGGAUCUAUCGAUGCCAAUGCUGGAGACGCCACCGUCCUCAAGCGAUGAGGAGGAUGGCUCUGAAACUGAAACAUUCCGAGAGACUUUACCACUUAGAUAUCAAUAUACUUAUAAAUUUAACUAGUUAGAAUUUAAACGUAUGGCUUUAACAAGAAACUUUCAUCGAGCAUCGAAUCAAAAAAUACUCAUCAAUAAAAUUACGUCCGAACAACAUAAGUAUUUAAACAAUUUAA